CUGCCGCCGCCGAGCAGCCGAGCUCCGCUCCGCCCCGCCCCGCGCGCGUCCGGGAGGUGGGACGGGCGGCGCCAUGGAGGAGCGGGAAGGCUGCUUCAGGAAGGAGACGGUGGAGCGGCUGCUGCGGCUGCACUUCCGAGACGGGAGGACGCGAGUUAACGGCGACGCGCUGCUGCUGAUGGCGGAGCUGCUGACGGUCUUCGUGCGAGAAGCUGCGGCGCGAGCAGCGCGACAGGCACAGGCGGAGGACCUGGAGAAGGUGGACAUCGAGCACGUGGAGAAGGUGCUGCCCCAGCUGCUUUUAGAUUUCUAGAGACGUGGUGAGGCAGAAGUGACGGCUCAGCCGCUGGCAGAAGAUCCCGGCCUGAUGCUGAGUCCAGCUCUAGGAAGAAUAGUGUCAUCUCCUUCCUCUGCCCAAUUGCUUCUGCUCCCCCGCUCCUGUAUCAAGGCUCUGAUGGCAGAUGCUGUUUUUGAAUAGAGGCCUCCGCUCACUGGCUUUGGUGGGCUGUAACUGGUUUCCCUCUCGCUGCCUUCCUUCUUUAACGGUGUGCCCAUCAGCACGGUAAAGCUGGUGUUGCUUUCUCAGCUAAUGUGAGAAACAGGUGCUUCUUCGGACGAUGAGAGGCAUGGAAAGACUUAAUGGCUGGAAAUGUCAUCCAAACAUCAGGCUCUCCUCAUCUCAGCGGGCGGCAGCGGCAGAAACUUCAGGUCCGGCUCCAAGCCUGGCUAAUGAAUAGGUUGUUAGCAGGAGCUCCGUUACAGGCUCUUGCCAAAAGCAGGUAUCUGAUCUUUAUUUUAUAAAUAAACAGUGUCUGUCCUUCACUACCUUCCAGUAUUUCUCCAGGGCUGUGACAUCAAAGAGCUCUCAGAACCUUUUAACCAUUUGAUAUUCUCCUCAGAAGCUGCUUCCCCUCUGCUAUAAAUUUGUUCUCACAAAGAAACAUCAAUAAAUCAAAAACGAGGCUCCCCCCCCUUGUGCAGGCUCAUUGCUGCAAUUAAUCAUCAAAAGUCAAGUUGCUUCAAAGACUUGCAUGGUUUUCCCCUCACCCACCCUCUUUCUUUAAAUCUUUGUAGAACGAAAGGAAAAAGGACAGAAUAACAAACAGCAUGUGUGAGAAUCCCACAUCAUGGGACAGCUCGGCCCCUGGGCCGGCAGGGGGGCAGGAUGGGGGAGCUGUGAAAUAGGAAACCUCGCACAUGGAGGAAAGGACCCACACAACUGAGCCGGCUUUGUUGGGAAGCGCGGAGCCGGCUGCAUGGAAAGCAGCUGACGGCCGUGUGUCCAAAGGGCUGUGCAGUGCUGCUGCCUGGUUGCAGCCUUUGAUUAGUAAUAGGGAGCAGUUUUUUGGGUUUUUUUUCCAGCUGACAGCUGUAGCAGGCACAGCUCAAUAGGUCGCUGUAGUGCCUCAGCUGAGAACUGUCAAGGUCAUCACUCCGGAUGGGAGCCACGUGGAAAUUUGGACCAAAACCACAAUUUAAUACGCAUUCUUUUUGGUGAUGGUACCAGGCGAGGCAGUGCCCCAACCCUCUGAACUGCAGCCUCUCUGCCAAGAGAACUGUUUGUGCAGCUGUACCAUGAAACCAGGGAAAUAACUGACCUAGUUCAGCUUUCAGCCCCACGACCAUACGGUAAAAAGGGCAACAGCAAAAAAUGCAGAUAAUACUACCUCUGAAUGCCCAACACCCCUAGGGAUGAGUUAGAUACUGCAGCAGAAGAGAGAAAACAAAGCCAGAAUCUGCACGCAUCGUUCUGCAGCGUGGUAGGAAUCUCUGUAGCAAGUACCUUAGGAAGAGCCUGCACACACCACAGCCUCUGGUCCCUUUAAAAGAAUCCACCCCUACUUUUUUUUCUUUAACCUUAUCUGGAUUCCAAAUCAUCUCUCCCCCAUUCUGAGUCUUGGUGACACACAAAGGGAUCUAAAAAUGCUCAGCUUCGCUUCCCUGGCCCAUACCACCAGCAUUCCUGACUGAAGAGGACUGCAGAUUUGGAUGUUAGUGGUAAAGUGGUAUUUUAAUAGCAGGAGCUUUUUUCUUUUCUUUUCUUUUUUUUUUUUUUGCAUAGGAGAGUAAGACCCGAUGUGGUUGUUGGAAUAUCCAUGGAAUAUCCAUUUUUCAUGCUAUUAAAACAGCAAUAGAUGAAACUGAUGCACUGUGUUACACAAGGAGCAUGCACAAACAGGACUGAAUCAGUGCAUGCAGCUGCGUGGGCUCAGCUGCAGGAGUCCAAUCCUCACCAGAAACCUCUUCUGACUGGCACAGCCACUAUUAGGGUAUGUUUGGGUAAACCAGUUGUAUCUCGAUUUUAAAAUGAUUAGAAAGUUAACUCUGGGCAUCUGGUUAAACCCAGUAUUGGUUCUGCGGCUGUCGCUCAUCCCAGCCACAGAGAAGAAACUGGGCCGAGAUUUAUUGGUGCCUCUGUCAGAUUAAGUCACACCUAAUUUUCUGUGAGCAGCAGUUGGGUCUAGACAGACCUGAUAUUAACCUCCUAAUCCUCACUCCUGUACUUAACCAAUAAACUGCCCCAUUAGUGCUGAUAGUGCUGUUCAUGUCCCCAGACAUUCCCUUCUCUUUGCCCACACCACGUACUCACAAGUGACAAAACUGAUGAAAUCAAACCAGCUAAGGCACUUGACGUUGCCUGUGCUCUUCAGAAACAAAGAGUAGCACACCUGAAGCCCAGUACAGCUUCCUGCUAUCCAAAACACUCCUAUUUACUCUUAACCCAGUGAUUCAAACACCAGCACGAGUACAUCACUGCCUAUGCUGGGAGCCAACCUAUGGCUCUUCGUGGGCCUCCAACACAUCCUGCACAAACUCAGCACAGCAGCUGUAGCUGCAGCAUACUUCUAACUUCUGUGAAAGCAAUGAGCAUGACAGAGCACCUGAACCAAGCUCAGCCCACACAAUCCUCUGAAGUAGUAAGCUUUAAACACUAUUUUAAUUUUGCUUUGUUUUGCUGUAAUACACCUUUUAUAGACAUCGAGCACCAGAAGGGCUUGCCUUUCAAGAAAAGAACUUAGAGCAGCAUGUCUGCACACAGCGCUCUUGCAGCCUCCGCUGCCGGUGGCCGCACACAGCCCCUGUUUAUGUUUGGGUGUCAUAUAAGGAAUCAAUCAACAUUUCUGCUCAAGCAUUCUGCUCCCUCCACUUUAAGUCUCCUUUUUCCUCUUCCACCUUUCAUGCUUCUCCCUCCCUUCAAGUUUCUUCAAAGCAUCUAAGAGCAUUUGGAAGUAAUUAGACCUGAAGGGAAAUGUUGGCCAGGCUGGGAGACAAUGACAAGUGCCAGGAACCCUGGGUGCCCUUUCUAGCUACUUUGAAGUUCAUUCAGAUGGUACAAAGCUCUGUUUUGCUUUGUUGGAAGAAAAAAAAAAUGGGAGGAAGGGAAUGAGGCAUGACAGGCCCAUUGAAAAGAGAGCAGGUUCCUGUGAACUGACAGAGAAACAGAGCACUGGGGGAAGGAACACAUUAUCAAAGAGACCGACAAAAAGGCCUCCUCUGGCCACUGUGCUUUAUUACAUCUCAGAAUUGUGCAGAUGCAGACAUAGCUUGGAGAACAAUUGUCUGUACAGGGAAAAUGGAAAAUAUGCUAUUACCAUAACAUGGAACCCCAGCUUGCCCAAUACGAAUCACUGAUCCAUGGAGAAGAUUCAAAAUAAAAAUAAA